AUGAAUGAGACAGCAGUUGCCCACCAGCAGCCGCCUCAGCCAACAGCAGUUGCCCACCAGCAGCCUCAGGCUGCAGCGGAGCGUGACGGCGUUGUUGCUGCUGCUGUUCCCCAGCUAGAAUUUGAGAACUCCCCGGAAAAAAUGGGUAAUUCCCAGCAGGAGAUGGCGGCGCGGCGGCGGUUGGAGGAGAUGGUGGCGCGGGUGGUGGGCUCCGAUGGGCACAACUGGCUCAAGUACGGCCAGAAGCAAGUGCAGUGCUCCAAUGCCACCAGGUGCUACUACAAGUGCAGUCGCGCCAAGACCAGCCUGCGCUGUCCGGCCAAGAAGACUGUUGACAUCAACUGCCGCAACGGCUCCGACCCGCUCUCCCCCGACGCCAUCCAAGUUGCCUACCGCUGCCGCCUCCACACCCACCCCGCGCCUCCCAACCACGCGAGUGCUGCCGCCGCAGCAGCCGCCACCGCUGCCGCCGCAGCAGCCGCCACCGCCGCCACCGCCGUUGCCACCGCCAUUACUGUUGGUGCAGCUGCUUCUGCCACUCCACCUGCUGUUCUUGCUCCUGCAGCUGCUUCUGCUACUCCUGUUGCUUCAACCGCGCCUUCUAUUGCUCCUGCUCUCGCCGGUCGAAUUUUGCCAGAGACUAAGGAAUGGGACGCCGGUUGCGAUUGGGAUCACCAGAAGCAGGUGCAGCAGCAGCAACAGCAGCAGCAGCAGCAGCAGCAGCAGCAGCAGCAGCAGCAGCAGCAGCAGCAGCAGCAGCAGCAGCAGCAGCAGCAGCAGCAGCAGCAGCAGCAGCAGCAGCAGCAGCAGCAGCAGCAGCAGCAGCAGCAGCAGCAGCAGCAGCAGCAGCAGCAGCAGCAGCAGCAGCAGCAGCAGCAGCAGCAGCAGCAGCAGCAGCAGCAGCAGCAGCAGCAGCAGCAGCAGCAGCAGCAGCAGCAGCAGCAGCAGCAGCAGCAGCAGCAGCAGCAGCAGCAGCAGCAGCAGCAGCAGCAGCAGCAGCAGCAGCAGCAGCAGCCUGAGGCGGAAUGGGCGGGCGUGUGGGACCCCAUCGCAUGGCCUGGCACAUUCCCGGGCAUGGACGCUCACGUGGAGGAGGGCCUUGCGGGCAUGUGUCACUCGCUCGCAUCGCCAAGCACACUCCAAGGCGCCGAGAAACACAGAGAGGACUAUGAGUCAGUGUGCUUGGCUCGAGUUCGCCAUAAUUCGCACGAUUCCCCCCUCGGCUCCCCCCUCGUGGCCCCCCUCGUGCCCCCCCUCGUGCCCCCUCUCGUGGUCCCCCUUGAUCUUCCCCUCCACUCCCUCCUUGAUUCCCCGCUCGACUCUCCCCUGACCUCCCCCCUUGAGUCUCCAGGAAACACGCUCAGUGUCUUGGGUUUACAUGCUGUGGGGGCAGCAGAGGGAAGCGCUUGCCAGUCCCGCGAUGAGGUAGAUGAGUUUCUGUGCGAGGUGGGCGCGGUAUCCAUGGAUGUAACACCGAGCGGGUGUAACCGGGGAGUCACAGCUCGCAGUGAGCAUCAUCCGGGGGUUGUAGCAUUGAGUGGUGUAGGUGCUGAUGUUGAUUAUGGUAUCAACCCUGGUGUCGACCCUGGUGUCGACCCUGGUGUCGACCUUGGUGUCGACCCUGAUGUCACUGAGUUUGAUUGUCACACAUUGCUGAUUCGUUCUGCUGGUCUCCUCUCUCAGCUGAUACAAGAUCGAGAGCAGCAAAAGCAACGGCAGCAAAAACGUCAUAUGCAGAAUCAACAGCAGCAGCAGGAGGGCGAGCAGCAGAGAAGGCAGGCGCAGCAAGAGCAGCAGCAAGAGCAGGUGUCAUUGGUACUGCAGGAAGAGCAGCAACUGAACACGAUCCUGCUCGCUCUCUCAAACGCCAUGCCACGCACCGCGCGUGCCAAGCGGCCUGCCUCCGCCAUGGCUGCGCCUGCUGCUCUGCCUGUCCCCUGCACGCCUGCAUCUCAAAACAGUGCGCAUCGCAUUCGUGCCACGGCUACUGAGGUGCGUCAAACCUCUGCCGUGGCUGCGCCUCCUGCUCUGCCUCCCCUCCACGCUCCUGCCUCUCGUCCCUGCACACAUCAUCACGCUCUUGCCACGGCUACUGAGGCGUGUCAGAAUUCUGCUAUGGCUGCGCCUGCUGCCCUGCGUGUCCCCUGCACCCCUGCCUCGUGGCACGGGGCACAUCACACUCUCAGCGCGGCCACUGAUGCCUUUCCCCCCCCCUCUGAUUCGAGCUCUGCGGAUUGUGAUGUGGAUGGGGGUGGGAUGGAGCGAGCAUGGAGCGGGGUGGAGGGGCCAGAAACGCCCACACGCAGCAGCAGCAGCAUGGGCGGCCGCAACAGGACGGAGAGAAGGGCGUUUCAGAGUAUGGCAACACCAGUAACCUGCAGUAGCAGCAUCAGGGAGAAGAAUAUUCGGCUGGUUGCUAGAGCUAUCAAGAGUCAUGUGGCAGCACGCAGCCGCAGCAGCAGCGGCAACACAUUUGGUCAUGGGCGGGCGAGUGAGACUGCUGGUGGUGGUGUGGCGUGCAAUAGUCAACUCUCCUCUGAGUCCCUAUUGCCCUCUCUGACUGCUGUUGCUGCAUCAUGCAAGCGCCAGCAGCUUAUGGUGACACACGAGGGGUGUUGGAGUGCCCCGAGGGCAUGUGGGGAUGAGCUGAAUCCGUUGGGGGGUGCUACUACAAGUGCACUCGCGCCAAGACCACCAUCUCACACGUGCUGUACUACUGUCUUCAGUCGCGCCUCCCCCUCCCCCCCCCCCCUCCCUCUCUCCCCUUCUCCCCCUCGCGCCCUCCUCACCAGGUGCUACUACAAGUGCAGUCGCGCCAAGACCAGCCUGCGCUGUCCGGCCAAGAAGACUGUUGACAUCAACUGCCGCAACGGCUCCGACCCGCUCUCCCCCGACGCCAUCCAAGUUGCCUACCGCUGCCGCCUCCACAACCACCCCGCGCCUCCCAUUAGCCGUCCACCCAACCACCCCACAGUCCCCAUUUACAGCCCUACCAAGCGGCCCAAUUACCGCCGUACUUACCGGCCUCUCGACCGGCCCAUGAGCCACCAUAGCAACCUCGCGGUGUCACACGGUGGAGCUGGCUGCACUGCAGCAUCUAGCGCUGCUCGCCUUGACCAUCUUGCUGCGGCUCUCGAUUCCCCGGACGGUGGUUCCCAUGCAGCUCUCACUUACCCGGACACUCAUUCCCAUGCAGCUCUCACUUACCCGGACACUCAUUCCCAUGCAGCUCUCACUUACCCGGACACUCAUUCCCAUGCAGCUCUGGAUUCCCAGGCUGCUUGCUCUGAUGCAGCUCUGAACGCCCCGGGUGCUGAUUUUGGUGGGCCUCUGAAUGCCCUGGGUGCUGAUUUUGGUGGGCCUGUGAAUGCCCUGCCCUCUCCUCCGGGGCUGGCUGGGCUUAUCCCCGUUAGUGGCUGCUCCACUGACCUCAACUCUGCUGUUGCUGUUCACACGCGGAGGUCUACAAUCUAUGAGGAACUGCGGCUUCUGGAUCUCAGAUCUCAAAUGCUAGGAGAAGAUGGCAGCCGUCGAUUUUAUGAUGCGGAGGAGGAUUCGACGGAUGAGAUUUUCUCUUCUCUGGGAGCAAUAUUGCCUACGAAUCAAGGUCUCCAAGAUCUUCAAGAGCUCCAAGAGCUGUCACUGCCUUUCAGUGCCAACCACGUGGGGCUUCUACCAAACUUCUCUGACGCGGGAUUGGUCGAGGAGGAGCAGAUCGCUGGUGGUGUGGUGGUGGGCAAUGGGGAGAGUUUGAAAUUUGAUUUGCAUGGUGAUGGGGAGGAAGGGUCGCUGCACGGUUCUACAGGGACGAGAUUUGCAGCACCGAUGGGGCAUGUGUCGGGUGCUGCUGUGCAGGGUGCUGCUGUGCCGGGUGCUGCUGCGCUGGGUGCUGCUGUGCAGGGUGCUGCUGUGCAGGGUGCUGCUGCUUUGUCUGGCUGCGGUGCUGUAUCCGAUGCUCAUCAGUUUCAGACCCAGAAGGAGCCGUUGACUCAAAAUGCAUCGUUGACUGACGCCUCUCCUUCAGACCACCUUGCAAUGUUCCCAACCACUUCCAACCGCAAUACGUUUGGCCCAUUGCACCAGCAGCAAGCUAUGUUGAAGCCGUUGAUUCCAGCAGCAGUGGUUGCGUUUCUAGGGGGCGACAGCACCAUUCAGGUUUCAGACUUUGCAGCCGUUGGCAAGCGGAAGGAGCUGCAAUCGUGGCUCGAAGGUGCGGCUUAG